GUAACCAGGCGUGCAGCCACCGCCUCUGGGAGUUGAAGUUUCUGAAGGAGGACUGGACGCGUGGAGCGGCGGGCACCUCAGCAAAGCUUUCCGACCGCAGCCCGGCGUUCCCCAUCGGCCCCGCGGCUCGAUUUUCAGAAACAACAAAUAUGUCAUCUGAAAUGCUGCCAGUGUCUGUUGAGACUCCUAAUGUGGAAAAAGAGCCAGGCGUGAGUGAAGGUGAUGAGGAGAGACACAAGCCAAGAUUAGAUGCAGGGACUGAGCCAAUAUCUAAGCGACAAAUGAAGAAGCUGAUGAAGCAAAAGCAGUGGGAAGAGCAGCGAGAACUGCGCAGGGAAAAACGAAAAGAAAAGCGCAAGAGAAAGAAAUUAGAACGACAACAUCAGCUGGAAUCCGGUUCAGAUGGAAGUGACAGGAAACGCAUUCGAAGAGAUGGUGUUCAUAGCAGCCUCCGCCUUGUCAUCGACUGUAGUUUUGAUGAUUUGAUGGUGCUAAAGGAUAUUAAGAAACUUCAUAAGCAGAUUCAACGAUGCUAUGCAGAAAACCGGCGAGCAUCACACCCUGUGCAGUUUUAUUUGACAAGCCAUGGAGGUCAGCUGAAGCAGAACAUGGAUGAAAACGACAGAGGAUGGGUCAAUUGGAAGGAUAUCCACAUCAAAUCAGAGCACUAUAGUGAACUAAUAAAAAAAGAAGACCUGGUUUAUCUGACGUCAGACUCUCCUAAUGUGUUGAAGGACUUAGAUGAGUCAAAGGCUUAUGUGAUUGGAGGGUUGGUGGACCACAACCAUCACAAGGGACUCACAUUUAAGCAAGCGUCCAGUCAUGGAAUUGAGCAUGCCCAGCUCCCUCUUGCAGACUUUGUGAAGAUGAACAGUCGAAAAGUCCUGGCAGUUAACCAUGUGUUUGAAAUUAUCCUGGAGUUCUUGGAAACAAGAGACUGGCAAGAGGCAUUUUUUACAAUCUUACCCCAACGGAAAGGAGCUGUUCCUGCACACAAAGCCUAUGAAAACUCUUCUCAGGACCAGCAGCCCCGGCCAGAAGGAUGGGACAGUUCCAGCGAGGGAGAGAACUGCAGGAAUGACCCCGCCUCACCACAGAAAGAAGAGCAGGGUCCGCAGAGCAGCCCGGUGUCCUCAGUGAGUUCUGUCCCACAGUGACCAACCUUCCUAGCUGCCCUUCCAGGAGAACCUAGAGAGCGUGGCACUUCACAGGAUACUCAGACUACAAGAAAGUUGAUUUUCUCUCAUCUCUGUUGUGGAAUUUUAAAUCUUGUCACAAAUUAAAUGAUAAUGAAAAACCCUUUAAGCACCAAGAAAGGAUUGUUUGGUUUUGUGUAAGAAGACUUAAAGGUAUGAUUUCAGAGUUGUUCUAACCCUCAAAUCAGAGUCAUGGAGAAUGUUACAUAUUAGUGUGCCUUCAUUCUCCUCCAUUCCGGGAGUCUAUUCUUCAGGGUGUGCCUUCUGACCUCUUAGCUUUGCUCUUUUGUGUUCCUCUCAGUGUCUUUUUGGUCUGAUCCUGUUUGGUAGAGCAGAUGUUCAUGAACGUUUUGUGCGGCUACUAGAAUGUUGAACUUGGGAGGCGGCCCUUCUAUCUGAAGCUUUUGUGUUCAGUUGAGUUCUUUUCUAAGAAACACAUUAUUCUGUAAGGAAUAGCAGUUGUUUUGAUGGACAUAGUAAUUCUGUCCUUGUGGACAGUGGAGCCCAUUCCUGUGCCUCCCUUGAGGUAUCUUCUCAUACUUCUGAAACAAUCACAAGAAUAAUCUUAAUCCCUUAAUGACAAUAAUUAAUUUAAUUACAAAAUUAAAGUUUUGCUGGCUAGAUUAUUUCACAAUGUUAUUCUUGAAGGAUCAAUUUGUCUUUACCGCAGUCUAAAGUAAAACAUCUAUUCUUUCUUUCUUCUUUCUAUUCUAUAUUUUUCAUAUAUGUUACAUAUAUUGCCUUAUAUGUUAGCUUUUAAUGUGAAUAUUGUACAUCUCCCUUCUACUAUAAUAACCCAACUCAUGUAAAUGUGUGUUUCUGUAAAUAACAUAGGCAUGUAGGAAAGUGUGCACGUAAGAAUGUUUACAUGUAGGAAAAUGUGCACGUAAGAAUGUUUACAUGUGUCCACAUCUCAUUUAGCUCUCACGUUUUAGUUCACGGUUACAGGUCUGAUGUGUAUUUUUUGUGGAAUGAUUAUGUUGACUGCACUAACGCCCAAAUCCAAAAUUAAACCAUAGUUUAUAAGCUGACAAGGGAAGAUGGAGCAGAGGGAAGGGAGCUGUUCAGCUUCUGCAUGGUAAUUGCAGAGAAGUUUAUGCAGAUCAAAUGCCCUUGGCACCAGUGCCGUGGGCUCCAGGAGCUCCUACUGCACUGUGACAAAAUCUGUUUAUUAUAUAAUGUCUAUGUAUGCUGACACCACACUUAGAUGGAAGCUUAUGAAAUUUAAUAUUAACGUUCACCGUCUCUUUUUGUUGCUUUAUUCUUAGUUACCUAUUGUAACUAGUUAUUUCAAAGUUUAUAAGCAGUGGAUGUAAAUAGCCACACUACAGUUCCAAAAGAAUAAAGUUCAUGUUGUUGCUGUA